GACUGUGAGCAACUGUUUGGCAGUUCAAUUUUAGGCGUUGUCCGUUUCGAACGUACUUAUUUGUUGGGCAGUGUGUUCUUUUUUUUCUUUAUUACCGAAAAAGCAUCCUAAACUCCUCUUUUUUUGUUUUUGGCGUCAGCAUAGAUUCACUACAUAUAUACAUAUUUUCAUUUGAAUUGAGUUGACCCCGGAUUCGGUUGUUUUUUGACUUUAACGGUGGUAAAACUGCAGUACAUAGUGAAAAAAACUAAAAAAAAGUUAUAUCUCAGCAAUACAUUGUAAAAAGAAACAAAGUGCUACCAUGAGUCAGAACGUAGUUGGAUUGUUUUUGGUGUUGAUUGCAGUUGCCAAUGCAGUGAAGGUACCUGUAACCAUCUAUUAUGAGUCACUUUGUCCGGAUAGCGCUAAGUUCAUUACCGAACAAGUCUAUCCAGCUGUUAAGGGUGAGCUGAGAGACUAUGUAGACAUCACAUGGGUACCUUAUGGCAAAUCUCACUUUACAACGCAAGGUGCUGAUGUGCUAUUUGACUGUCAUCACGGUCAAAAUGAAUGCUACGGCAACAAAGUGCAUGCCUGUGCCAUUGAACACAUACAGGCCAACUCCUACCAGACUGAGUUCACCAGGGAAUCAUUGACAUUGGACUUCAUCAACUGCAUGAUGAAGGUGGGCAAGAACUUCGACGACAAUGUAUACCCGGGCGGACGCUGUGCACGUGACAAUCACAUUAGCGCCUGGGAAAAUAUUCAACAAUGCGCCAACUCUACCGAGGGUAGCCAUUUGCUAAAGAAACAGGGCGAGGCCACCGAUCAAUUCCAGAAUCCAUUGAAGAGCGUGCCGACUGUUGUUUUCAAGCAGCAAUUCGAUGCCAAAGAGAAUGAUAUGGCCAUGUCCAACUUCUUGAGUGUUGCGUGCAAAUACAUUCCUCAGCCACAACCCAAAGUGUGUAUGGCGCUCAACUCUGCCGUAGCCACUACUGUCACGCCUAUUUUGGGCUUGUUGGCCUAUGCUUUGCUACGGUUCUUCUAAGGCGCAACAGCUGUCUCAAUAGAAGCGUGUAUCUCUAUUCAGCGCUUAUUCAGAAGUUCCAAAAAAAACUUUAUUGAAAUGCAAACAUAAAGUUGGAAGAACGAUGUUUAUUUCAUAUUUUAUUUUAUUUUUUAUAUUUUUAUUUUUAUGUGGAAACCACCCGUCCACGCACUGUGGUUGCAGCUUUUGUAUCUUAAAGCAUUUUAUACAUAUAUGCAUACAUAUUUAAAUAUUUAAGUUUUUACAGAAUUCUAAAACUUAUCACACUAUUUUUGAAAAUAACUACUGCACAAAUCCGUCCAUCUACUCUAUUAUGGAAUAUCUUUUUUGAUAAAAUUUUAUUUGUAACUCAUUAAUAUCAAUCUGCAGUUGUAAAAUAUUUAUGCAUACAUUUGUGUGUAUUGUGAAUUAACAAAUAAAUUGAAGUAUAUCCAUAUACAUAUUUCAAACAUA